AUGGCAAGUAGCUACUACCAUCAAAAUGGUCCUUAUCAUACAUCUUCUUACUCACAAGCCCCUCCGUUGCCGCUCCACCUAUGCUUCUUCCUCCUCACGCUCUUCCUGUUCAUUGGCCUCUCAUGGUACAUGAGCUACGAAUCGGCGUUCGAGAGCUUGAUCGACCAAAUCAAGCUCUUCCUCAUAGUGUCGCCGCUGGUGCUGCUUCUGGUCGUCCACUGGCUGAGCAGCUGCGAUCGGCGGCGGGUGCCUUUCUUUAUCCCUUUGCCUGAGAGGGAGUCCUUCCAUAGGGCCGGUGGAUCGCCGUGGGGCGUCGCGCUUGUUCUGGUGCUUCUCAUGUUUAUGAUCUCUUACCAGUCCUACUUCCAUGAACGUUGGUUCCCGCUGCUAAGUCGAUGA